AUGACAAGGCAGCAGGCUAUUGACUAUGCAGUUAAAAAAGUUCCGCAAAUAUUGCCACUAGAAGAAUCCGAUGUAAAAGCGUUGUGCGAACAGGUGCUGAGCACAUCUUCUAGUAACCCAGAACAGAUUGCUUCAAAAUUUUUGGAAUUUCUGGGACACGAAGAUCUAUCUUUUGAAUUUGUAAUGAUGUUCAAUGAACUGUUAGAUCAAUCUGAUAAGAAAGAGGAAAGGAAAACAAAACCGGUACAUAUGGAACAAACUGUCCCAAUUGCAUCCAAAAAUGCACCAAAACAUCUCACUAAUAAGCAUAUCAAUGACAGUAGAGAUAAGCAACCAAAAAACAUAAAGGAGGAGAGAAAAAGUUCAGCAAUGAAAUCCGCUGUACAUUCAUCUGAUCAAAGCAAACAAUCACAGUCCAGGAAGGAGAAAAAAGUGCCCAAAUCUAGGGAAAAAUUACAGUCCUUGCAAGAAAUCGAUGAUGCCAUUAAAAUGCUAGAGCUCCGAGAUAGCGAUUCUUCUAAAACUUGUAACUGUCAAGGCACAAGACAUCCGGUUUUUGACGUAGCACCAAACUGUCUUUACUGUGGCAAAGUAGUUUGUGUUAUAGAGGGAUUGAAUAGAGGUAAAUGUGGCCACUGUCAUAAACCGUUGAUUUCUGAUGAUGAAAGGAUGCAGAUGGUAAAAAUUUUAAAUCAUGAGAAAAACGAGUUGAACGACCCAUCAUCAUCAUCAUCUAAUGUUUCAAAUAGUACUAACGUCCCAAAGAAGAAGACAAAAAACUACAAGAUAACUUCAGGUAUGGGUAAAAAUCUAUUUGCUGAACAAGACAAACUAUUCGAUUUCAUAGAAAGAAAAAGAGAAAGAGAGAGAAAGCGUAAUGAAGUGUUGAAAUUACAGGAGAAACAAGAGGUUGAUAAAAAAUACGAGGAUAAAUUAGAGGAACAGGGUGAUACGGUGACAGAAAACCCAGAGUUGUUAGCCGCACAAGAACGGCUAGAUAGACUACUACAUUUCCAAGACACUUCUGCGGAAAGAACAAAAAUCAUUGAUAAUGCUAGUGACUUUGACAUGAACCAGGAGGCUGGGUUAUGGGGCAGUACAAGAGAAAGGGCUCUUGCGUUAAAGAAACAGCAACGUAACUUGAGAAAAUGGGAAAAAGUGGAAAGAGAACGUAAUGGCAGGCGCGAAAAAUAUGUUGUAAGCAUGAAUAUAGGUUCCAACGGUAAAGUUACAAUGACAGAGGUGCCCAAGGAAACAGACAACGUAAUUGCUGAUUCAGAUGAUGAUAUAAACGAUAUAAGUGACGAAGAAGACAUCAGUGAUCUCAAGCAUAUACAUGCCUUAAAAACCGAAAUAAAUAGGACGAAAACCAUGGAGCAUUCAAAUUUACAGUCCAAAACAUGGGAUUAUGAACGUGAUAAGAAACAAUUCGAUAGACCUACGUAUGUGAAAAGGAGUACGGAUGCUGUACAACCAACUAGUAAAAGAGAAGGAAAGAACAAAGGUUAUGACUUGAAGUCAAGAGUUCAAGUCGAUCAAAACGCUGACGCUUCAGUCGAACAAAAUAUUCUUGCUGUCCUUUAG